AUGCCUCAAUUCAACCCCAGUGUCGAUAUCCCAGAUCUUGGUGAAAAGAUAUGCCUGGUGACCGGAGCAAACUCUGGCCUCGGCGAAGCGGCCGUCAAAGCGCUUGCCCAGCACAAGCCCAAGAAGAUCUACCUCGCUGCCCGCUCUCGAGUCAGGGCUGAAGAGGCCCUCGAGCGGAUCAGAUCAAGUUCAAAAACCGCCUCUACGGCCAACAUCAAGAUUUUGGACCUCGACCUGGCCUCCCUCCAGUCCGUCAAGGCGGCGGCGGCUCGCGUGACUUCUGAGUCGGAUCGACUGGACAUCCUCCAUCUCAAUGGCGGUGUCGCCAUGGUGCCGCACACGACUACGAAAGAGGGCUAUGAGAUCCAGCUCGGAACCAACCACGUCGGACAUGCGCUGCUCACGCAGCUUCUCCUGCCUCUGAUGCUCGAGACGGCCAACCUUCCGGGAGCCGACGUGCGGAUCGUCAGCACAACGUCAGCAUCACACAAGAUCUUUGGACUCAAGGAAGGGAUAGAAUUCGAUCACCUCAAGUCAGAUAUGAAAUCUUUCACCGGGCGAGCCCUCUACGCCCAGUCCAUGCUCGCUAAGUCCCUCUUCGUGUAUGAGCUGGCAAAGCGCUAUCCGCAGAUUACUUCAGCAUCCGUCCAUCCCGGCGGCGUUAAGACGGGAGCGUACAGCGGCGACAAAGAUCUGCCAUGGGCCAUCCGGUACUUGAUCCUCAAACCGGCCCUGGCUCUGACCGGUGUCACGCCGGACGAGGGAGCAAAGACGGGGCUGUGGGCGAGUUUCAGCAAGGGUGUUAUUAAUGGACGUUAUUACGAGCCGGUAGGCGCGGCUGGGCGGGAGAGCAAGCAGACGAAUGAUGAUGGGCUUGCGAAGAGGCUGUGGGACUGGACUGGGGAGGAGUUGGUGAAGAAUGGUGGCCCGGGUUGGCCGUGA